AUGGCAAAAGUUGUUAAUGGAAUGACUGUACCACAAUUGUCGGAAAAUGCCAAUUAUGAUAAUUGGUGUGUACAAAUGAAGGUGUUGCUAAGAUCCCAAGACGUUUGGGAUAUGGUGAAAAUUGGGUACGAAGAACCUGGGGAAAGCGAAAACUUGACAGUAGCACAAAUCGCUGCGUUGAAGAAAUCACGUAUGAAAGAUGGAUCGGCGUUGUAUUUCCUAUUCAAUGCGGUGGACGAAUCGGGAUUCGAAAAAAUAGUGAACGCAAUGACAGCAAAGGAAGCUUGGGAAAUUCUGGAGGUUGCAUACAAAGGAGAUACUCGUGUGAGGCAGGUCCGAGUACAAGCUCUUAGAAGAGAGUUUGAACAUCUGGAGAUGGAAGAAAAUGAAGGAGUUACUCAGUUUAUAACUCGAGUGCAAAAGGUGGCCAAUCAACUCGGAAUGAACGGAGAAGAAAUGCCGCCAAACCGAGUUGCAGAAAAAAUAUUGAGAUCUCUAACCGAUGAUUUUGAGAGUAUCGUGGUCACCAUCGAAGAAACAAAAGAUUUAACAACUCUCACAGUGGAUGAGUUGGCUGGGUCAUUAAAGGCCCAUGAACUGAGAAAGAAGAAGAAGAAGACGCACCCUUCCGAUCAAGCACUCCAGAUACAAUUUGAAUCGAAUAGAACUCGGAAUACUCAGAGUCGAGGUCGUGGAUCCAGAGGACGAGGAAGAUAUGACAGAGGUAAUGUUGAGGAUGAUAGUGAAGAGCAAACCGGUCAGCAAAAUUGGCAUGACCGAGGACAAGGAAAUGAUCGAGGAGGUCGAUUAAAUUAUGGAGUAGAGUGUUUUAGGUGUGGCAAGCACGGUCACUAUGCAAAUGAGUGCAAAACGAUCAAGUGCUUCAAUUGUGGUAAAUCCGGUCACAUAGAAAGAUAUUGUCGGGUUGAGAAGAAAAAGGAGGAGACCAAUCUCCUAACUGAAGAAGCUGGAGAAGAGAUUGGAAUUCUGUUGAUGACAAGGAGUGAUGACGCAGCGCUACCGAGGAGGAGCCCGGACGUUGCAUUGAGGAGUUGGAGAUCGGAUGCAGAGUUGCAUCUAGAUUAUGAAGAGUCAUGGAGACCAGACAGCCCAGAAAGGUAUUUGGUCAAUUUGUAUAGCUCGGAGAAGCAUACAGAAGGUGUUUUGGAGAACUCAGUUGAGUUAUUUGAGAGCUCGGAUGAUGAGGUGGAGAGUCCGAAAAGCCCAUCAGAGCAGGAGAGAAGCUCGGAUUAUGUUUCCGUCGAAAAAUUUCAAGAGGUUCUUGCAGAACUGGAUCGAGAGCGUCAAGCACGUUUUGCAGCAGAAAAUUCGAUGUCAGAAUUGCAGGUGUCGUUGAACCAAUUGAAGAUGUUGAAUCAGGAAGCUAUAAAGAAGGAUGAUGAGUUUGACUGUCUUGGAGAUGAUAUUUUUCAUGAGAAUGAUGAGAUGCUGAAGGAACCGGAAGAAAUUAAAAAAAAAGACGUAUUGCAAUUAAAGAUUGGGAAUUCAAGCCACAUGAUUGUCACAGGUAAAGAGAAGAUUUUGAAGAAAGGUAAACAUGAAAAUGAAGAUGUUGAGAUGAACUUGAUUACUAAGAAGAUGAUCCUAAAGAAUCAGGAGGACCCGACUAUUGAUAAAAGCAACAAGUUUUGUGUAGGAUACAUGAAGCAGAAACGUGAUAAAGGAUAG